GCAUUUGCCAUUUCACAUAGGGAACUUUUAAACAAGAAUGCAGUAGACUUCAGAUUAUAAUUAAUAUUUAAGGUAAAUGUAGAAAAAUAGUAACAUAGUUCUUGAUGAUUCUUGAAGUUUUUUUAUCCAAGUGCCAUGUAGAUGCAUAUACCACUUGUACUAUUAUGCUGCUCUUACUCCGGAUUACAAUUACACAAGCAAAUGAAGAAUUCUUUCUGUCCUACUUGGAUAUUGGGUGACUAAAUAUCAUGCUCUCCUGAGAACUUUUGAGAAUGCAGCCUUGGCUUCUAAUCCAGAAUCGGAAUCUAUGGUUUAGAAUCCAAACUUAUGUGAUGCCUAUAGACAAAAGAGUGGGAAAAGUGCUCUUAGGAAGUGGGAAAUUUAAACUUAGAUUAAAAAUGCAGGUUUGUGGGACACCUAUAGAAAAUUGUCCUGCUGGUGACAUCGAUCGAUUUCCAUCUUUUUUACACAGCAAGCAAAAGAACAAAGCUGUUUCAAAACAAACAUCUUAGGACUCAAAAGACAAAGACAAUGAAUUCACUUGACCUUGGGAAUCUUCCAGAAGCACAGUUUUGCUUUCCAUCGGUCAAUAAUUCAUGUCUUAGAAAGGAGAGGCCCAUGCUAAUUACGUCUACCUACACCAUGUACGUCUUCAUAAUCUGUUCUAUAGUGAUGACCAUGCUGGGCAACAUGGCUGUGAUCAUUUCCAUCGCCCAGUUCAAGCAGCUCCACUCCCCAACCAACUUCCUCACCCUCUCCAUGGCCACCACUGACUUGCUGGUAAGCUGUGUGGUCAUGCCCUUCAGCAUGAUCAGGUCCAUCGAUUCCUGCUGGUACUUUGGAGAUCUCUUCUGCAAAGUGCACAGCUCUUGCGACAUCAUGCUCUGCACUACGUCUAUUUUUCACCUCUGCUUCAUCUCUGUUGACCGCUACUAUGCUGUUUGUGACCCUCUGCACUAUGUCACCAAAAUCACUAUGCCUAUCAUAGAGAUCUUUCUGCUCAUCAGUUGGACUGUUCCCAUGUUUCUGGCCUGUGGCCGGAUCUUCUCAGGACUCAAUAUAAUUGGUGUAGAAGAUUUUAUUGCCUCCACUGACUGCACAGGUUUGUGUGUGUUGAUAUUUAACAAGCUCUGGGGGGUGCUGGCCCCUGUUAUAUCUUUCUUUAUUCCUGGGACAGUCAUGGUGGGGAUUUACAUACACAUUUUUACAGUAGCCAGGAAGCAUGCCAAGCAAAUUGGCACAGGUCCUAGGACAAAACAGGCUGACUCAGAAACCAGAAUGAAGGUGACAUCCAAAACAGAAAGCAAGGCCGCCAAGACUCUAAGCAUAGUCAUGGGAGUGUUUGUGGUGUGCUGGCUGCCGUUCUUUGUCUUGCCAAUCAUAGACCCUUUCAUUGAUUUUACAACUCCAGAAGAUUUGUCUAAUGUCUUUCUGUGGCUAGCUUAUUCUAAUUCUACUUUCAAUGCCAUUAUUUAUGGCAUGUUUUAUCCUUGGUUUCGCAAAGCACUGAGGAUUAUUGUUACAGGAAAGAUCUUCUGGCCUGAUUCUUCCACCCUAAACUUGUUUCUUGGUCAUUAGUAAAGAAUCUGCACCAUUCACGUAGCUUGUAUUCUAAUAGGGAAUCAUGGAUGUUCUCUCCCCAUCAUAGAGGCAAAGACGGACUAGAGGAGCAGAUCCUUCCUGAUGGUAUAACGCAACCUAAGAAUGAGCUGAUCUAGUCUUCCUGUUGUACCAAAGCUACCAGAGUCAUCCAUAUCUGGGCAUCUUAGGAAGGCAGACGCCGUACAAAGAAAUUCUCUUCUGUAAGGCUUAUGGAUUUCUGAGUUUCCAACCUUGGAUUUUUAGAAUCUCACUCUAAUGAUUUAAAUGAAUCAAGGAUUUUCUCACUUCAGGUUUUUCAACAUCAUGGGAUAAAAUAUGGUUGGAUUUUACAAUUAUUGUCAGCCAUGCAGUCUAUAAGAAUUUAUCCAAGCUCUUGAGAUUGCAAUUGCUUUGUAGGGGAGUGAGUGGGAGCUUACAAAAAUGGAAGCCUGAGUUCUAGGUCAUGUGAGUGACAGGAGGAGAGAAAAGGAAGCAGAAAGUCAUAGGUACUUCCAAUUUUAUUGCUUCUAAUUUAAGCCUCUUGUCAAAAAAAAUCAAUUUGAAGUUCACAUUAAUUGGUAAAAUAAGACUGUCCUUAAGUGAGAAGAAUGAGCAAAGAGCUUAGGAAAGUACUUUUUCCUUCUCCCAAUAUGUAGUUUUGAUGUAGGUAUACAUGUGUCCUGUAUGUAUUCAUAUCAGGAAUGUGCCCAUUUCUUUUGGUAAGUAUGAGUCUGUGUGUGUGUGUGUGUGUGUGUGUGUAUAAGAAGUUUGCUAAAUUUCAACAUUAUUCCUCAAACUGAAGCCCCUUUUCUGUCAGAGGUUUAAGACAGUAUCUGAUGCCUCAAUGAAUAACCUCUUUCAUAUCAUUUUUGUCUUUUUAUUCUUCCCCCAUUCCAUAAACUUCUUUUUACAAAAUUUUGCCUGUUAUAAUUUUAGUUGAAUCCUUCUGGGUAAUUCUUACAGCCAUGGCAGAAUAAUUUGUUCCAUAAUGUCCCCAAACCUUUGCAAAGGAAACCAGAGCACUGUGAUCUUGACAUUUC